AUGGGUUCUACCGGCCCCAAGCCCAAGGUCCUACGCCUUGGAAGUAUCGACCUUGCACAGGCAGCCUGGAAUGCAUUGGGAGAGGUAGCACAACUAGUUGAGUCAGCGGCAACCACCCGAGCCGAGUUCAUCCAAGAGUGCAAAGACGGCAAGCUGGAUGGUGUUGUUGCGAUAUACCGAACAGUUGGGUCUUUGAGCCAAACGGGGCUUGUAGACGAGGAGCUAGUGAAUGUGCUACCAAGCUCACUCCGAUAUAUCGCGCAUUGUGUGCGCGCAACCCCCCGAUUCUGGUUUCCAAUGUCCCAACUGCAGGGGACGAUGCCACUGCCCGACGUGAACAUGUUCCUGAUUCUUGGUGCAUUGCGCAACUUCAACACCGGCAUGAACGCCUUGCGCGAGGGUAAAUGGCAUGGCCACCCGGCGCCUCCUCUCGGCCAUGGCCCCCAAAGAAAGGUCCUUGGGAUUCUGGGAAUGGGUGGUAUUGGACGUAAUUUGAAGAAAAAGGCAGAGGCCUUUGGGAUGAAGGUUAUCUAUCAUAACCGCCGCAAGCUCAGUGAUGAGAUGUCAGCGGGUGCGAAAUAUGUUUCUUUUGAUGAACUCCUGUCCACCAGUGACGUGAUCAGCUUAAACCUGCCAUUGAAUAAAAACACACGCCAUAUCAUCGGCAAGGCCGAGUUCGCUAAGAUGAAGGACGGCGUGGUAGUGGUCAACACUGCGCGCGGCGCUGUCAUGGACGAGGCUGCUCUGGUUGAUGCCCUCGAUAGUGGUAAAGUGUUCUCGGCUGGUCUCGACGUCUUUGAGGAAGAGCCUCGGAUUCAUCCUGGGUUGCUCAGUAACCAGAGUGUAAUUCUGGUUCCCCAUAUGGGCACUUGGACUAGUGAGACAUUUUUUGCCAAGGAAGAAUGGACAAUUGAGAACAUCCGUAUGGCUCUUGAAGUUGGAAAACUAAAGAGCCCAGUUCCGGAACAGGCGGACCUUUGA